GGGGAAGCAAGGAAGCAUCAUACAGCAGCAGCAGCAGCAGCAGCCGGGGAGCAACGUGGGUUGGAAGAGGCAGUGUGUGUGUUGGUGUGUUUGCGCCUAGUUGGUGGCUUGCACUCUUAACCCCGGGCGCUCUUCGCAUGCACUUAAAUCCAGCCCAGGGUGUUGUGCAACAUGAAAGUAGUGGCUUUAAUCAGUGGUGGGAAAGACAGCUGUUACAAUAUGAUGCAUUGUGUUGCUGCUGGACACCAGAUUGUUGCCUUAGCCAAUCUAAGACCUGCUGAAAACAAAGAAGGGACUGAUGAGCUGGACAGCUACAUGUAUCAAACGGUGGGGCACCAUGCUAUAGAGUUAUAUGCAGAAGCCAUGGGCUUGCCACUUUACCGUCGCACUAUUAAGGGCACCAGUGUGGAAACUGGCAAAGUAUAUACCAGAUGUGAAGGUGAUGAGGUUGAAGAUCUUUAUAAACUUCUGAAACUUGUUAAGGAUGAGGAAGGUGUGGAAGGUGUUUCUGUAGGGGCCAUUCUUUCAGACUACCAACGGGUCCGUGUGGAAGACGUGUGCAAGAGGCUUACCCUGCAACCAUUGGCUUACCUUUGGCGUCAGAACCAGGAAACUUUGCUCAAAGAAAUUAUCUCCUCGAACCUUCAAGCUAUAAUCAUAAAAGUAGCAGCUUUUGGUUUAGAUCCAGAUAAACAUCUAGGAAAAACAUUGGAUGAAAUGGAACCUUAUCUUUUGGAACUUUCUAAGAAAUAUGGAGUCCAUAUCUGUGGAGAAGGUGGAGAAUAUGAAACAUUCACAUUGGAUUGCCCUCUGUUUAAGAAGAAAAUAGUUGUGGAUUUAUCAGAAGUUGUUGUGCAUUCAGCAGAUGCAUUUGCACCUGUGGCUUAUCUUCGACUAUUAAAAUUGCACUUAGAAGAUAAGGUGCAACCUCUGAGCAAAGCCCUGGCUGUGAGCUGUUCUUGUGAAAAGCAGUUUGAAGAAAACACAUGGCCCACGUCAGAUGAGCGGAAGGAAGCUGCUUGCAUCACCUGGGACACUUCUGGACCUACUUCUCUGAAGUCCAAUAAGACGCUUGAAAGCUCAGUGAAGUCUCCGCAGGGCUACCAGUGGCUAACAGGCAUCACUGCUCUCCUAAAUGCAUCAGAAGGAGGAAGCGUGCAAGAAUCAGCUAAGAAUGUCUUUUCGUCUCUCCGAGCUCAUCUGAAUUCAAAAGGAUUGGAAUUGACAGAUAUUAUUUUGGUCCAUCUGUAUAUGAAGAACAUGAAAGAUUUUGCUGUGAUUAAUUCAGUCUAUGUGACAGCAUUUGAUUUGUGUCCCCCAGCAAGAGUUUGUGUAGAAGUCCCCUUGCCUGAAGGACUUUUGUUUCAGAUGGACUGCCUGGCACAGAAGAAUGAUGGGAUGACUGGUGAGCCACCUUCUCAACAGAAGCAGGUUUUGCAUGUACAGAGCAUCUCUCACUGGGCCCCUGCCAACAUAGGACCUUACAGUCAGUGUGUACAGGUGGGAGAUGUUCUCUACUGUGCGGGGCAGAUUGCCCUAGUGCCGUGUACGAUGCAGCUUGUCAGCGCGGGCAUAGAAGCAGAGGCUUUGGUUUCCUUAAACCACGUUGAAAAAGUCCUCAAAGCCAUGAGCCACAAUGCUGAACUCCACCAUGUACUUAUGGCAAACUGUUAUGUAACUGACAGCAAGUACAUUCCUGUCGCUCAAGCUGCUUGGCAGAAGAAAUUAAGAGGACUUAAAAAGGCAGAAGAUGAAGACAUGAAUAACGAUGUGCCUGCAGCAUAUGGAGAACUGGCUGUGGUAGUGGUACCUUCCCUUCCCAGAGCUGCCUCUAUUGAGUGGCAUGUCAUUGCAGUAGUAGAUGAGCAACAGCAAAGGCAGAAGGUUGUGCUGCUGAGGUCACUUGAGAACUUCCUAAUUGAAUGUGAAGCUGUGCAGUCCUGUCCAUCUUGUAGUGCAGCUAUUUCCAUGUCCUUAACCCUGACUUCACCGCCAACAUCUACAAUCAGCUUAGACAGUGUCCUGCGUGAUGUGGUGGAAAUGUUUAAGCAAGCAGUAGAGAAGAUGUCAGGAGAUGGUGACACAACUCCUUUGGGUUUUAGAACUUUUUACCGAAAGAAUAUCAUGGAUAUGGAGGCACUAGAAGCAGGACUCCGAGGACAUCUCGAAGAGCAAAUGGGCAGAAAAGCACCAGCUCUGAUUAUGGUACCUGUGGUGGAUUUACCCGGUAACAAAAUUAUUCACAUAGCAUGUUGGCUCAGCCAGUAGCCAAACAUUGAGCAUUGGCAUGUUCAUUCCACUAUAAAAGCAAGAAGACCUCACCUGACUGUAUUGAAAAUGAUGAUGCAUUAACAAGCAGGCCUGUCUGUACUAGAAACUUUUGGCAAAGCAUACCGUGUUCCCAACUUUUCGCCAUGGGAGUUUUGGAAUAUCACCUGGUAUCUGACAGGGAAUUUAAAUGUCACAUCCAUAACUCCACAAUCUCUCCUGAUCUUGUAUCUUUCAUAACCAAGAUCAGAUCAUACUUCCUUGCUUUAACAUAACCUUUAUAGAAGACUGCUAAGUUUAUGUGGAAAAUGCCUUAAUUACAUUUAUGCAUCCUUUGGUAGUUUUGGGGAAGAUUCUCAACAUGUUGCCCUCAGUUGGUAAUUUCCUCAUACUGGUGUACCUUCUGUUGAUCGGAGUCUUGUUUCAAGGGAAUACGCUAUUUAUGCUGACACAGCCCUGUUAAGCUUAAUGUACUGUACUGUCAUAAGUACAGUAAAUGGCCCUCAUAUUGCCUAAGAUCCAGAGUCCUGUACACACAUGAGGAUCCCAUCAUUAGCUCUGAGAGGAAAACAGCUGCCAAAGCUCAAGGGGCUCAUUCAUGCCCCAUAGCAGACUGCAGGAAAACCUAACUGAGUACUCAGAAUGGAUCCACUGCCAAUGUAAAAAAUGAAGCCUCCAGAGAGUGCCUAUUAGUAUUCAUAGCAUGCAAAUACAAAUCUAUCGCCGCAGCUCCAGCAUUACUGGUACAGUACAGCCUU